AGCUUUAAUUAGAUUCGAAAGAGGAAGAUGGAGCCGUACCAAAACCAGUCCGGAGCGCAGCAGACUCACCCACAGCUUGACCAGUAUGGGAAUCCAGUACUCCCUAUAGGCACCGGGGCAUAUGGAGGAGCUCCGGUCAUGGCUGGUCAUCACAACGAAGGUGGUGGAGGUUUGAGUGGUAUGCUUCACCGCUCUGGAAGUAGCUCUAGUUCUAGCUCAUCGGAGGACGAUGGACUAGGUGGAAGGAGGAAGAAGAAGGGAAUUACAGCGAAGAUAAAGGAGAAGCUGCCAGGUCAUCAUGGGUCCCAUCAGACUUCUUCAGCGACUGGCACCAUACCCGUUUAUGAUGCCACCGGCACUGUCCCCGUUCACCACGAGAAGAAAGGCAUCAUGGAGAAGAUCAAAGAGAAGCUUCCCGGAACUCAUCAUUAAUUAGCUUCAACUUCCUAUAGCAAAAAGUAUUAUGUUUUGUGUAAUAAUGUAACGACGUGGCUUUUUGCAGUCAUAAAAUAUAUGUCUUAUAUACAUAAUGACGUGGCUUUGUAACGCGUAUGGUGGUUACAUGUGAUGUAAUGCAAUUGACAGAGCCACAGGGUUCAUGGAACUGGUAUAAAUCUAC